CCGUAGACAUUCCUUCGCUGUCAGUUAGUGCGGUGACAGACGACCAUCGGUGAGCUACCAAUCCAGCUCAAAGUGUAAAUUAUGGAAGAGAUAAAUAACGUUGAAGUCGUUCCGUGCACAGAGUCGGAUUAUCUGAAGCCGUUCAGAGUGCACUAUAACCAGAAUGGCACAAAGAAAUCCUGGGACUUCAUGCGAACCCAUGACAGUGUAUCAGUGCUGAUCUUCAACACCACCUCACACUGUUUUGUCCUCGUCAAGCAGUUCCGUCCAGCUGUAUACAUGUGUGAGUGGGAAAGGACCAAGACGCAGCCGCCUCAGUCUGCUGAAAAAACUGAGGAGGGCGCCUCUGAAGCCACUGCCGCCGCUGCCCCGGCCCCCGAGUCUCAGGAGGGCCAGUCUGCCUCCGAGGGAGAGAGCUCUCCUCAGUGGCCCCCAGCCUCAGCGGGGGUCACCUAUGAGCUCUGCGCCGGGCUGGUGGACAAACCUGGCCUCUCCCUGGAGGAGAUCGCCCGACAGGAGGUGCUGGAGGAGUGUGGCUAUGAUGUGCCUGCCUCUAAACUGAAGAGGAUUACUUCUUACAGGUCAGGUGUAGGUGUUACAGGUGCCAAGCAGACCAUGUUUUACGCCGAGGUGUCUGACGACAACUGCGUGAGCGCAGGUGGAGGUGAGCCACGGGAGGGAGAGCUUAUCGAGGUGGUCAAAGUCCCGCUGCACGAGGCCAUGACGUUUGCCUACAACGAGCGUAUACCCAAAACCAUGGGCGUCAUUUUUAGUUUCAUCUGGUUCCAUAACAAUAUGUCUCCCAAGUACAAGAUCUCCACCAAUGUGUAACUAGUAUUAACCAACCCUCUUUAUACCGUUUAUUCCAAAUCAAAUCAAACACUGGCCCAGCACAUCCACUCUUCCCCUCAUGGCUCUUCAUCCUGUAUUGCCUUUUUGCUUAUUGGUACAUGAUGAAAGGUGGGCCCCUUGUCUUGUUGCCAACAGGUAUCUUUAUCCUGUUUACCUUUUGAAUUCUUAGUGGUCUUAAUUAUUUUUUCCUGAAAAACAAAUUUGCCAUAGCUGGUUGGCACUGGCACAUUUGUCUGUUCUUGAUUCUUUGUUUUCAUAUACUGUGCCAUCUGUUUUAAAUGGCUGCAUAUCAUUGAUUUCAUUUGCCUGCCCUUGAUUAAAGGAAUACUCCACUGCUUUUAGUGUAGGCUCUUGAAUGUUAUCUGAAUUUAUAAAAGCAAGAAAACACUUUACAGACACCUGAUAUUGGCUGAGAAAAAGACCUCUACCAUUCAGCUUAGUCAAAUUGCAACUUGUUUCAGCCAUUCCUAGAACACCCAGUAUUCAUUGCAAAGUCAUUAUGCUAACCAGUCAUGUGCUCCUGGUUAGUCUCGGCUCACUAACAUUUAAAGCCAUGAUGCUAACCAGCCAUGUGCUCCUGGUUAGUCUCGGCUCACUAACAUUUAAAGCCAUGAUGCUAACCAGCCAUGUGCUCCUGGUUAGCCUCGGCUCACUAACAUUUUAAGCUAUGAUGCUAACCAGCCCUGUGCUCCUGGUUAGCCUCGGCUCACUAACAUUUUAGCAUGCCAUUAAAGAUAAAGAGAUAUGGUCAAAAAAAUAAAGGAAAAAAACAGUAGAGUAUUCCUUUAAGCCAUGAUCCAGUAAUGCAAAAACUAUGCUAGUCAAUGGUGGGGCCUUGUAUCGAUCGAGGUGUUGGAUGUGUUUUAACCACCACUUGUUCAAGCAUGCCUCAGUUAAGUUCUUUGACCCACAGCCUUUAAGCAAUACUUACCAUAGUACCCCGGGCUAAACAAUCACUCAGUGUCACUGAAAACAACUCUCACUCUGUUAGAACAUAUUCAUAAGACUUUUUCUUCUACAAGCAAAAUGUGUUGUGGUAUUGUUUCACUUUACAGAAAAACCAUACACCUACCACCUCACAGAGGGCCUAAUUUUAGUUUUGAGUGUGUCAUUGUUCUCAAGCACAAUCCUGCAAUGGGUUAUCGUUAGUUUUCCGAACAUGUCAGUGAAUAACCUUAAAUACCUUCGACAUAGACAAGUCUUAAUUCCAUUUUUAGAGUUUUGAAGGAAUUCUUCUUUUGACUUUAUGUUGCCUAUAUUUUUCUGAGAUAAAGACAAACUGGAAAUACAGUAGAGAGGACAAUGGUAUAAAGGCUAAAUCCUUUAGAGAGUUAAUUUUCUACCCAGCAUGUUAAGGUUACAUUUUGAACACAUUAAUGCAGGUAUAGGAGCAAAUGACUUCAUUUAGUAGGUUCUGUGUAGUAAAUCUCAGAUGGUCAUUAACACACAAACCUAAUCUCACAAAGUGAAUCUCAACAGCAGUUUGCCAAAAUCUCAGGUCCAAAUACUCAAACUGUUGGUCAUAUUCAGGGUUGAUCUCUGGAUGUGAUGAUGACCAGCGUGCUUAUUAUUAUAUUUCCAAAUCACUUUUAGAAGUUUAAAGGCAACCAAGUUCGUACAGUUCUUACUAUAUGUUAGUAUUUUCUUCAUUCAAAAAGGGCUGGUACUUCAUUUAGUAAUUAAUAUGUGAAAAGGAAGAUUCUCCCCACCUUUAUAGUUUUGUUAAAAAUAUGCAAGUUACAACGCAAAGACAAUACUGUUUUUAGAAAAUAACUGCUCACUUAAAACAGGUAACACAACUCCUUAUUUAUGCAUUAUUAUAGUUAGAUCCAUCGCACAUCUUCAGCCACAGUGACGCAUAAGUGAGAGUUCAACUCUCCUCGGUGCACCUGUAGAAGUUAUUAAGUUACAAGCUGUAUGUGUGACAACAUUUAUUGAGUUCAAUUGGACUGUUAAAUGAUUUUUAAAAAUUACCUGCCUGAUUAAUUUGGUCGUUUGUUGACUAAAAGGUAAAGUGCUGUAUGUUAGUUAUUUUUUGUAAGAGAUUUAACUGCAAUGUUAGUAACACCUCGAACAUAUAGAAGAUGUCAAAGCAAAAUCAUAGAGCCGAAAUUCUGGUCCCCAUUAUACAACUUACUGUUGAUGUAUUUGUCUGCUCUCUGUGAGGCAGGUUACCUUGUCUGGUAUAAAAAUGGAAAAAAAAAAAAUACUUGAGGUGAAUAUGAGAAUCAGUCCAGGAUUUAUUUUGUUCUUCUAGGCUUUUUUAACCUGAGGAACAGCUGACAAUCAAAUGUCAACAUUGGUCUAUUUUUUUUUUUUUUUUACACAUAAAACCUUGUGGGUUUUUUGUCAGUUUUCCCCCCAUUGGUUAAGUGUAUGUUCUUGUCCCUACUGAAUCUCUCAGCAGAGGACUGAGCAUCAUUUUAGGGCAUCUCAGUGCAGUUAUGCGGUGGUACAAAUGCAUUGUUCUUAUAUACACAAACAAAGUCAAGGGAAUUUGAAUCAACCAAACUAAAUAUGGUUGGUUUCACACACUGAGUCAAACAUUUAGGAGAGUAAUUUCUACCCAUACUGUUUAGGAAUAUAUGCAGAACCCUAAAGCCAUAUUUAUGCCCAGUCAUUGAGCUUCUUUGUCCGUCUGUCCGUUGAAGAUCAUUCCUUGAUGUAGGAUUGUAUAGUUUGCUGGAACUGCUUGAAUUAUUUUAAUUUUAUUGGUUUUCUUGGAAAGAGAAAGAUGAAUCCCUGUGGAGCACCCAAACCUGAAUAAUAGUAGAUACCCAACACUAAAUCAGAUUCUCUUUGUGGUGUUGGUGUCAAUUGUUAAUUUGUAAGCAGGAUUUCAAACGCAUACAAACAAUAGGAUGUAUCUACUUAUAUCAGGACACAAAACCAUGAAAAUGACCACUGUACUGUUAGUGUUAUGUGUUACUUCCAUGAGGCAUGUAGAGUAAAUCACAAAAAGAACAGAAACGGUAACACUAACAGGGCUUAUAAACAAAAUUAUUUUAACUACUCUUUUGCCACCAUAAUAUCUUUAAAUGUUUUUUAGCUUUCAGAAAUUUUUUUAUUUGGCACCUUAUCCUUGUCAGAUCAGUGCUCUCACUCCUGUACCUCCUUAUUUUCUCCACUUCUCUUCCUCCAUGUGACAAUCUUUUCUUUAGUUUUCAGUUAAAUAAGGUCUAAGUGGAUCUCAACAUGUGUUGAGAGUAUUGGAAGAUUCCCAAUGGUGCUCACGGUUUUCCAUUGCCGUCGUCUUGUCCAGUAUAAGAUGAACCCGUAGUGGGAAUAAUGAACUUGUGGAAUAACUCAUUAGAAAAUGAUCUGCAUUCCAAAGUUGAUAUAAAUUUUAAAAUAAACAAAGAUUUCUAAAAUUAACAAAACCCUCAGUUCGCUGAAAUGAGGCCAUCUGCUUGUGAUCGGCUCGGUGUAAAAGAUGACAAACAAAGCCAUUUGAACAUUUAAGGCCAGUCUGUAACUUUGUGUGCCUGUCAAAUGUGGAGAACUGCCACGUUAGUUCUCAUUUGGCUGAAAUGAUUUUUCUUUUUGAGGAAAGUUAUCACAAAAACACAAGGCUCUUCUUUGCCUUUUUCAUAGGCUUGUCAUUGUGGGCGGCAUCAGCCAGCAAGCCAACACCGGUACAUAUUUCUCCACACCUUCCCUCCAACUAUUAUCUGUAAGUUUAGUGCAUUUAGUGAACAUCACUGGGGACAUACAGCAGCCUUACUGAUUGACACAUUGAAAACAGAAGUGACAUUCACAGAAGUAGAUAGCAGCUGCAAGUGGGUGGGAUCAUGUCUAACGUCUAACGAUGUUGUGAUUUUAACUCAAUUGUUGCAGAGAAGAACAUAAACCGGAGUGGCAGCACUUCAGGUUCAGCUGGUUCUGCCAACUUCUCUAUAUAGACAGUUAAAAGUAUAUGAUGGAAUAGAUUGAUGUGAGGCCUGUAUUUUAUUUUUGUUCAGCCUGUGUUGAUCUGCUCUCAUGACCUGUAGUCUAUUUUAUACUCACCAUUUUUAAUUAGUUUUAUAAGCUAUUAAGAUGUACUGGCUAUGUUUUUAUAAUCUUAUUUAGUUUAAAAUGUAUGUGGUUUUUUUCUGCGUUAAAAGUCAAACUUUGCACUGUCAUAGUGUUGACUUUAUUCUAAUGGAAGCCUUGUAAAGUCAGUAACACUGGUGUCUGGCAGUGUUCUUGGAGGACUUAAAGGAAAAGUUUGACAUUUUAGAAAAUAUAUUGCUUUUCUGCUGAGACUUUGGUGAGGCGUUUGAUAACUACUCUCAUGCCUGUACAGUAAAUAUGAAGCUACAGCCAGCAGCUGGCUAUUUUAGCUUAGCAUAAAGACAGGAAACAGGGAGAAACAGCUAGCCAGGCUCAUAAAAGGAAACUAAAUCUACCCACCAGCACCUCUAAAGCUCGCUGAUUAACAUGUUGCAUCUCAUUUGUUUGUAUAUCAGGCUAUUUCUUGGCCAUGACAAGCAACUUAGUCAAGCAACGGUGAAGUAUCUGUUUUAAACUUGGGUUUAUGUACAAACAAACAAACAAGAUGCAAUGUGUUAAUUACUGAGCUUUAGCACUUAGCUUUGGCUAGCCGUUUCCCCCUGUUGCCAGUCUUUGUGCUAAGCUAAGCUGACUGGCUGCUGGGUGUAGCUUCAUAAUUACUGUACAGCCAUGAGAUUGGCAUCACUGGUCUCAUUUAAUACUCAGCAAGAAAGCAAAUAAAUGUGUUUCCCAAGAUGAUUAACUUUUUCUUUAAGCCUCCUGCCAUGACAAGCCUAACCUUCCCCUCUACGGCAAAAGUAGAUGCACUUUUGACAGUCCAGAGAGAGGUUGCAGACUGUGCCACUGGUAAGCCAUAUGCUACUUCUAUUAUUAAAUAUAACACAGAUAUUUGAGGUAAUUAAAUGGUUGUAUAAUUCAUUCUUGCCUAUGCUGGAUAUUAUUACUACCAUUAGCCCAGCAUUGGACAUUUCUACCUCCAUCACUCAGGCACAUAAUGAAAAUAUUUUGUGUCCAUUUGCUUGCUUCAAAGAUGCUGACAUAUCAAAUUCUCAGCAACAUGUCAGAAAUGUCAACAGUCAGUGGUUCUCUGUGACAGAAUAUUUAAUUCGUCGGUACCAGACUUUUUAUAGCUGUACCCCCAUGGUUAUGCUGUAGUUGCUUCUUCAACUGUGAUUGUUUAUUUUCUUCUGUUAAUGGUUUGUGCACCGUUUGACAAUUUCUUACUGUAUUUUCAUUUAUCAUGAGCUGAGCAACAGUUUAUCAUGAACAUGUUUUUUUAAAGGUGCUAUGUGUAGUAUUCUCUAAUUAAAGAACAUGUAUUACUGUUAAAUUAUAACUUGGACCAUGGAUGUGACCGUGGUGUUCCAACAUUACCUCUUGAGAUCUACUCAAUAUUCAUUUGUUUCAUUAAACAUUAAGUGAUUCUUGAUUUGCUGAUGAAUCCUGAAAAAUGGACUGUUGAUUUUGGAUGAAGUCAGUCACUUUUGCUUCUUUAUUGUCAGACUGGCAGCUGAAUAUUUAGAAGCAAAAGGGGGAAGAUAAUCAGAUUUGCUGCUAUUAAGAGGUUCAUAGUGACUAUAAAGUGUAGCACAUAUGUUAUUUCAUUAGGUAGUGUGAUAUUUAGUGGAAAUCCUACACAUAAUACCUUUAAGUGAAAGACGUAUUAUGAUUUUUCUCAUGGUAAAGACAAAGAAAUUUGUCUAAUUGUGAUUUUGUUUUUCUUUCUGGUGUCUUACACUGAAUUUGUGUUUUAAAAAAAUAUUUUCUGGAGAAAAAAAAAGUACAAACACAAACAUUUCAGUUGUACGAAUUUAUCAUGUAUUUUUUGCUUUAUUAAAAGUGUAUACUCAUUGUGGGCGGUGUUUUCAGUAAUGUUUCAAUUUUGUUAAUUUAUUACUUAAAUGUUGAAAAUAUUAAACUUUUAAAACAUGACACUUGGUACAAACAUACAGUAUAUAUUUAAAUAUGAUACUUUGCAUGUGCACUAACUGUGUUGGAUUAAACUGCAUUAAGUUUAAAUAAAAUGGGUUUGAUGCCCAAAAUGUC